AAAGGCCAGGUAGGAGGGUACGGCCUGCUGGAAAUUUUUUUUUUGUUCACUCCCUCUGUUUUUUAAGGUUGAAAACAAGCACGUUUCAGGUGCUCAGUAUCGGGUGUUUUCUCUUAAAACUACGCUUACUUUUUAGCCAUGGCAGCAGGUGGACUUCAGUGUAUCAAAUACUUGCUCUUUGUCUUCAACUUCAUCUUCUGGCUCGCAGGUACAGGGGUUUUCGCUGUCGGCCUCUGGCUGCGUUUCGAUGAAAGAACUAAAGGACUCUUCACUGGAGAAGGUGCCCCGUCAGUGUUCCUCACAGGGGUCUACAUCCUCAUUGUGGCAGGUGCCAUCAUGAUGGUGGUCGGGUUCCUCGGCUGCUGUGGCGCAAUCAGAGAAUCAGCUUGCAUGCUGGGACUGUUCUUUAUGUUCCUGCUCAUCAUUUUUGCUGCAGAGGUGGCCGCUGGAAUCUGGGGAUUGUCCAAUCAGGACAAGAUCGUGAUGGAUCUCCAGCAGUUCUACACACAGACGUUCAACACCUACAAAAAUACUAAACAGGAAGCACUGAGAGAAACUCUGCGAGCCAUUCAGUACGGAUUGCAGUGCUGUGGAACAUCAGGAACAAUUUUUGAUGGAGCAGCUGAAACCUGUCCCAAAAAGGAGGGACUUGAAAACUUGGUCACAACGAACUGCCCAGAUGCUAUUAAGGAGGUCUUCACCUCUAGGCUUCACGUGAUUGGAGGAGUUGGGAUUGGCAUUGGUGUGGUCAUGAUCUUCGGCAUGAUCUUCAGCAUGCUGCUGUGCUGCGCCAUCCGACGAACCCGGGACAUUGUAUGAGCUGCGGUUCCUGCUGCAGCCUCAUCUGCUCUGUAUUUAUCUGUGUUUGUAAAGGUGUGUGUGAGCGUGUACGUGUUUGGAAAUCACUCUGAUAAACUUCUAACAAGCCCAGCUUUAGUCAAGCACUCUCAACUGUUACAGGUCAUGCAUAUGUUGAGUGGAGCAAUGAAUUGCGCUAGAGGCUAUUUUUAAUUUCUUUGGUGUUUCAACUAAUGUUCUUUUGCCUCUUUGAAUGUACUUGUAAGCUUCUGGCAUUCUUUUGUAACGUUUUACGUGGCUUAUUUUAUGUACACACAUGGGAGAGUAACACCUACUGUAGUAAAUUACCAAUAAAGUUCAUAACUAAUUGA